UACUACUCCCCCCAAGAAGUCCAAUCUGCUCAAACCCAAUUCCCUCCCACACUUCUCCACACUGCUUCAGUCCAGCUCUUCUACAGCCUACAGCCUCUCUCUCUCUCUCUCUCUCUCUAUACAUAUAUAUAAUAAGAAAAAUUCUAUAGAGAUAAACUAAGAAAAAUGGAGUUUCUCGUUCUCCUACUGAUCUUUCUGAUCACAUCUCCAUCGCUCUUCGUUACUCCCUCACAUUCCCAGCUCAGCUUGGACCACUACCAUAAAUCUUGCCCACCAUUCAGCCAAAUCGUCCAAGACACCAUCAUCAACAAGCAGAUCAACACCCCAACCACCGCAGCCGCAACCCUCCGCCUCUUCUUCCACGACUGCCUCCUUAACGGCUGCGACGCCUCCAUCCUCCUCUCCUCCACCCCCUUCAACUCUGCCGAGCGCGAUGCCGACAUCAACCUCUCUCUCCCAGGAGACGCGUUCGAUGUCGUCGUCCGCGCCAAGAUCGCUCUCGAACUUGCCUGUCCCAGCACCGUCUCUUGCGCCGACAUCUUAGCCGUUGCCACGCGCGACCUCGUCAGCAUGGUGGGUGGCCCCUACUACAAUGUGCUCUUGGGGCGCAAAGACGGGCGCGUCUCUGAAGCAUCCCAUGUCGAAGGCAAACUUCCAAGACCCACAAUGUCUGUCUCUGAAAUCAUUACGCUUUUCGCAUCUAAUGGGUUCUCGAUCCAAGAAACGGUGGCCUUAUGCGGUGCUCACACUAUCGGGUUCUCUCAUUGCAAAGAAUUUAGCUCCGGGAUCUAUAACUACAGCGAGUAUUCGCAGUACAAUCCUAGGUUUGCUCAGGAGCUGCAGAAAGCUUGCGCGGAGUAUCAGAAGAACCCUACACUGUCCGUGUUCAAUGACAUCAUGACUCCAAACAAGUUCGAUAACAUGUACUUCCAGAAUCUGCCCAAGGGGUUGGGGCUGUUGAGGUCGGAUCACGGGCUGUACAAUGAUUCGAGGACGAGGCCGUUCGUGGAAAUGUACGCGGCGGACCAGAACAACUUCUUUGAGGCGUUUGGGAAGGCAAUGGAGAAGCUGAGUUUGUACAAGGUCAAAACGGGGACGCAAGGAGAGAUUCGGCGCAGGUGUGAUGCGUUUAACUGAUAAUCGGCUGGAACCUUUUUCAAAGAUUGUUUCUAUUUGCUGUGAUUUUGUGGUGAGUGAGAACGAUUUUUUUUUUUAUAAUUAUUUUUCAUUUUUGGAUUAUGCGGAUCUGGUAAUAUAUUUACACUAUUUGUAUCCAUAUAAUAUUUUUAAGCUCAAAUAUACACAUGAGUAAUUUUAUUCUCUGGAUCACC